AUGGCGCAACGACACGAACGUAGCAAAACCGUCUUGGAAGUAAAUGCUUCCGAUCUUAUGACAGCCGUUAACCUACGAACGAUGACCAAUUACGUUGACACUGAUGUGAUCAUGAUGGCCGAUGUUAUACAAAAGGUUCCUCGCGUAUCGAUACUUCGCCAAGCGGCGAAUAACGAACACUACUUGCGAGCUGGCGAAGUGCUCUAUUACUUUACCCAUAAACUGACGCUGACGACGGAUCUCAACGGUGUCAACCCAGAGUUUAGGCAUACAUUUGCAUUGGUGCGAUGUACCAGCGUGCCUGCUAUCAGAAUACAAGCUUCGAUGAGCGCAGAAUGCAUGUUUGGAGGAAUCCCUUUGAUGAAUCGGAUAGGGCGUGUAUUUUGCCGAUUCAGCGCAUCUAUUCUCCCGUGGCAAUUUCUACAUGGAUUUCGCAACCGGCAUGUACCUUCUGCUUGCGCGAAAAAGCAGAAGCGCCACCAUAGAGUCGGUCUAGAGGAGGACUCGGCUGUCAAUGCCGCUGAUAAUAAUGAAUCAGGCGACCUUAAAUUACUGACGUCGAUCGAAUUGGGUUCGGACAGGAGCGUAGAACACCAUCCCCGAAGAGAAGGCGUCUACAACCUUAUUGAAGAGAACGAUGCAAUCGGAGAAGAGGCGUCAAUUUCGCUUUCGGAUGAAGAUGAAGACCGUGACGUCGACAUUCGCUCCCCUUGGGCAUUAGGCGGCAUUCAUAUUGCUGCAGCAUGUGCGCAGUAUCGAGAAGACUGCCUUGCGAAAAGCAAUCCAGAAAACUAUCAGAUAUUAGUGUACUCAGGCGAUUAA